AUGUGUUUCGGUGUUAUCACGAAUAUCAGUAUCGAAACAUUUCAUGUGACGAUGGAACCAGCACUUCCUUUGACGAGAAUCUGGCUAAUUGCUUUGAUAUCAUUUGGAAAUUUGCACGGAUUGGGUGCUACGGAGGCUUCCGUCAAGCGCCCUUCUACGGUUGCUCCUUUGUUAAUGAAUGAUACCUCCAAGUAUCAUGAAGAUGCAUACCUGAAUGCUCGAGAACUUAUAUCGAAAUAUGGAUAUAGAGGCGAAACUCAUAGAGUCACGACUAACGAUGGAUACAUCCUCGAAAUGCACCGAAUAACAGGUCCAAAAUCAAAUCCGAAGCCCGAGGGUAAACCGGUAAUUUUCCUCAUGCACGGGCUGUUGUGUAGCUCAGUUGAUUGGCUCAUCGCUGGACCUCAGAAAGCACUGGCUUUCAUGCUAGCGAAUGCGGGCUACGAUGUGUGGCUAGGAAACUCUCGCGGGAAUACUUUCUCCCGUGGUCACACAAAAUAUUCUUCCCUUGAUAAACAAUAUUGGAUGUUCAGUUGGCAUGAAUUCGGGACCGAGGAUCUUCCCGCAAUGAUCGACUAUAUUAUACAAAAAACGGGCAGGGAAAAAAUAUUCUACGCAGCUCACAGCCAAGGCACUACAGCGUACUUUGUCAUGGCGUCCGAAAAGCCGGAGUACAAUGAUAAAAUCAUUGUAAUGUUCGCUAUGGCGCCAGUUGCCUAUAUUAAGCAUAUGAAGAGUCCGUUUUUUCAGGUUCUCGCUCGGAUAGAUAAACUUGUGUCUGGUGCAAUGGCAGUUCUGGGUCGUUAUGAAUUUAAACCUACAGACGGCUUUAUGAAGGAAGUCGGAACAAUCGCCUGUCAGGAAGAGAUUUGGACUCAAGAAAUAUGUCUGAAUGUGAUAUUCCUUAUCGCUGGAUUUGGGAAUGACCAAAUGAACAGAACAUUACUGCCGGCAAUUUUGGGUCAUACGCCUGCAGGUGCCUCCAGUCGUCAAUUCAUCCACUACAGCCAACUUUUCAAGUCGAAUGAAUUCCGGCAGUAUGACCAUGGAGCGUUAAAAAACUACUGGAUAUACAAGCAGAGAACUCCUCCGGCUUAUGAUCUCUCAAAAGUUACAAUCCCGGUGAUCCUUUCUUAUGGUCUCAAUGAUUGGCUUGCGCAUCCUAAGGAUGUGCAGCAUCUCGCAGAGAAAUUACCGAACGUCUACAUCAAGCUGAGAGUGCCUAAUGUAAAUUUUGGGCAUAUGGAUCAUCUGUGGGGCAUCGAUGCCUCUCGUGCAGUCUAUCCACAACUGAUAGCAAUAAUGAAACGUUUCAGGAGUUGAGAAUAUUAAUUAUAAAUUCGCAGAUUUUCAACGUAAUUCAUGUAACAUUUUACAGAAAAUGAUAAUUUUUUUGAAUCUACUUUUCUUAUGAAUAAAUGACUAAAACUACUCAA